AUGGGCAAGGUGAAGAAGCGAUCCACCGCUCUUCGUCAUAAACGGAAGCGGCCCGGAGAUUCUCCUACUGCCUGCGCAGCGAUCGCGGUCACCCGCGCGCGGUGCCCACCUGUUCAAGUGGGCGUCGGAAGCCACGCAGUAGGGAGAGAGCGGGCAAUCGCCCGGCGUUGGCGGGGACGGGCACAGCAGAAGCGCUGGUGGCGAAAGAUUCGAGACGCGACCCCGAAAGAUCUGCUGCUCCAGGCGCCGCAGCAGAAGCCAGCGCCCAAUCCACCGGCCCCCACCGUGGCCCCCACUGAGCUAGACCUGGGCGCACAGCGGGAGCGAUGGGAGAAGUUCCGGAGGAUGCGCGGUCUCAGCUGGGAGGACGCCGCCAAAUUCCUGUUAGACACCUUCGAGUUCCCAGGCCUGGUCUACCGUACUGGGGGCUGCCACUGCGGCGCGAUCCGCUUUGCAGCCUGGGCCCCUGCGGAUCUGCGGGUCGUGGAGUGCCCAUGCCGGCUGUGCCAGAAGAAGCAGCACCGCCACUUCCUGGUCCCAGCCGCGCGCUUCACGCUGCUGCACGGCGAGGAGAGCAUGGUCACGUACUAGUCCACCACGCACCCGGCGCUGCACAGCUUCUGCAGCAGGUGUGGCAUGCAGAGCUUCCACUCGGCCGUUUCCGACCCUCGCGUGUAUGGCGUGGCCCCGCACUGCCUGGACGCAGGCACGGUGCGCAGCGUGGUCAUCGAGGAGGUUGAUGUUGCCAAUUGCGAAAAGGAGGCCACCAAGGAGAAUAAUACCACCGUCCAGCAGGGAUCCCUCGGCACAGUUCCUGCCUGA